AUGUAUAUCGGUGAAUUUGCAUUAGAUCUCCUAAUCGACUUUUACUAUCCAGCCUUAAUUCCGCCUUUAUCUGUCUUAGCAAUUAGAGCAGAUAUUCGUGAAAAAUUUAUUAUUAGUGUGGAGUCUGCUAGUUUAAAAACUAAUCAGGACGAAGAUGAGAUUAUCCCCAAGCUUCUAAGAAAAACAGGAGCUAAACACGCCUCGAUGGUUUAUGCUGGUCUAAAUCCAACCCCUCAACAUCUCGACAAUCUUUCAGAAAUCGCAUUAAGACAUAAAAUUAACCAUUUUAAUACAGGGAAAAAUUACGCUUUAGGUGAUCCCAAAUCGAAGGAGCCCAUAUCUGAUUCCGAUUCUAAACCUGAGACAAGUAACAGUCUAAAACCCCAAACACAGGCAUCUUCGCCUGCGCUCCAGCCCGAUCCAAAAAAGUCUCAGACUAUGGAAAUGGAUUCAAUGUUAGCUGAAAUUGAUGCGAUGUUAGCUGAAAUUCGAAAAUAA